GUUUACUGUUCUGCUCUGCUUUUCUGGCUUUUUUCACGUAUUUUCCUCUGCUUGAUAAGAAUAAUAUUAAAUCGACAUUCGUAAGGUCUUCAUGAUUGCGAGAGCGGGGAAAAUGAUAUUCAGUAUCGAUGGGGAUUAAAAGGCGGUCAGUUUCCAACGGGACACUGGAUGGACAAGGACAGUUUAAGUUAGGUUAGGCGCGGCUCUUCGCCGUCAACGUCGAGGAACGUCAGCUAUUCUCACCUAUCGGUCACCAUGUACUCGACGAAAACACCGACUCUGCGGAUUGACGAGGCCGAUCUCAAGUGCAAGAACGGUUGCGGGUUUUAUGGCAAUGCAGAGUGGGAGGGUUACUGCAGCAAAUGUCACCGGGAAUACUUGCAGAAACGACGGGCCCAGGCUGAACGUGUAUCCCAUGCACAGAUCUCGGACGCAGACAGUGUCAAUCGGUCCACGAGUGCUGGAAGCCACAAGAGCUACGAGGAGAAGAAGGUACAGCAGGAGAAGAAGUACAAAUUGUUAAAUAUUUCAUUCAGAAAACCUGCUACUAAAAUUCAAGGAUAUCAGGAAUUGUAUCAUGAACUGUUAAAAGAUAAUCCAGAUCUUGACAAGGUUAAGGCAGAAAAUCGAGAUCUACUGUUAUACAUAGCUAAGACACCAGUGGAAAAGGAUGUGAGAAAGUGCAUACAUUCAUUUGUGGUAGAUAUACUUCAGAAUAAGGAUGUUAAAAGGAUAGAGGAACUGUCAGAGAUAACGCAAAAUUUUUAUCAUGUAUUUGGAAAGCGUCUGGAAAACAGUACUAAAUAUGCAGAUAUACCACCAGACAUUAAGGAGAAGUUGUUAGACUAUGUUGAAAGAUAUGCGAUGACUUUAUUGUACAGAAUCCUCUUCUGUCCUCCAUUCACAACAGAUGAAGAGAAAGAUUUGGCCAUACAAAAAAGGAUACGGCAACUAAAUUGGGUUAGUGGUAAGAAUUUGGAAUGUAGGAUUCACGAGACAAGCUCGGAAGUUAGAGAACUUGUUUAUACAUCUAUCACAGAUCUUUUAAAUAUGGAUUCCGCUAAAGCACCCCAAGAGAAAUUGGCAUGUGUUAUUCACUGUUGUAGAAAUAUAUUCUUGUUGUUACAACAGUCCGUUGACGGACCAGCAUCGGCCGACGAGUUUCUCCCGGCGCUCAUAUUUAUCGUCCUAAAGGCUAAUCCCGCACGUCUCAAGAGCAAUAUAAAUUUUAUCACGAGGUUUUGCAACGCUAGCAGAUUAAUGACUGGAGAAGGAGGAUAUUACUUCACAAAUCUGUGUUGCGCGGUGUCAUUUAUUGAAAACUUGACCGCGGAAUCCCUAAACAUGGCCGAGAAGGACUUUAAUGCAUACAUGUCAGGAGAAUGCGUUCCAGCUAAUACGUGGGAAUCAGCUCUCAUGAUAUGCGAAAGUUUACACUUUAUGUGUGAAGAUAUAACUUUAUUGGAUGACUUGCAAGCCAAAAAUACUGACAUUAUAAAACAAGCGGAAGAGUUGAAGAACAAAAUGAUGGAUUUUAAAGAAAAGAUUAGAGAGGAUGUGAGUAAAGUGAUUGAGAGGACGCCGCUGCUAAUAUCUCACAGUCAGAGAGUGCCUACGAAUUUAGACAGUGAAGAUAUUGAGAGCUAUCAGCUUCCGCCGCCGAUCAUCCCACAGGUAUAUCCGCAUUCAAUCGAUAACAUGAACGGCGGUGUGAUGACGGAUUUGUCGAGUGAUUUGAUGAGAACGUCAUUGGUGGAGGAUUCUGUAACGCCGUCGCCAACAUUCGACUUUCCAUCUUUCAUCGGCGAUGACAGUCUAGAAAUUAGCAAAUGCGAGGAUGAGACUAGUCUUAUCAGCUUAGAUACUCAGUCCGAUCUCGCAUCCGGUGAUACCCAGCUCUUUAAGAAACACAUGACGGACAGCUUGUUAGACGAGUGUCCUACGCCCGAGACGAAUCUACCACCCGUUUUGAAACCGAUUAGUUCGGAAGAUUAUCACGGCUUCACGAUUCAAGGAUCGAAUAUACCAACAAUCCCAUGCAGUACAGGCGAUUCAUCCAUAACUCCGGCCGACUUAGAUUCGGAUAAUUAUUCUGGUUACUAUCAGAAUAUGUAGUAUUAACGUGAAAUAUGAUCCAAGGAUUAUUUAUGCGGAAAGCAUUUAAUAAACUUCGAUCGCGAUUCAGUUAAGAGAAACUUUCAAUAUGAUAGUCUUCUAUUGCAAUUUUAUUAAUUUGUUUUUCUAUUUUUAGAGUUUAUUGUAGACAUGUAAAACAAUAGGAAAAAAAUGUCCUAGUAAUGUUAGGGAGCUUCUAUUGACUAGAUUGAUGAAAUCCGCGAGAUGACAUUACAAUUAAGUUGCUGUGAUAAAAUCAUUCACUUAAUAUAUUUGAACUUGAUUUAAUAUUCUUGUGAUAAAAAUAGUAGCAACAGCAGAUAAUAGAUUGCAUAGAAAAUUACAAUUAUUAAAUAUGUUUUAAUAUA